AUGGAACAGAUUUGUGAUACAUAUAAAAGUGAUAAUCCUUUCUCCAAUACACUUACUAAAGAAGAAAUAAUGAAAGAGGUUGCAAAAGCUUAUGAAUCACCUCCUAAACUGCAAAAGCCAGAAAAGUUACAAUUAUCUAGUAUCGAUAGAUUAGAAUCAAAGAUAGAUGAAAUUGGUCAAAUAACAUCUAAGUUUAGUAGGAUAUUACUUAAUGAACAAUUUCAAAAGCCUUUUUAUUGUAGCAAUUGUGAACAUGAAGGUCAUAAGAAAAAUAAUUGUCUCAACUUAGCUUUUGCGUUUUCAGCAAAUCCUAUA